CAAACUGUGCCAUGUCGUGAUCUGUCCCAUGCCUUAGUCGUUAUCUUAAGGCACUGCUAAAUGUCAUUCAUUGCUUGAUUACUAGUUAGUUAGCUAAUAAUCAGCUUUUUAUACUAGUUAGCUAGAUAGCAUUACCCUUUUGUGCGAGCGUAAUAUUAUCGGUAACGUUAUAAGACAACAGGGGAACUUUGUCUGUAAUGAACCAUUCAUUCCAUGGAAGAAGGUGGAAUCGGUUGACUUUCCUUUUCCUGAAGUAGCACGGGGCCCUAUCAAGUAACGGAAAAUCGAAGUAACAUUGCUUACAUGUGUGUCGGAACCAAACGUAACGUUAGUAUUUCGCAGUACAUUGGUGACAUGAAUUGGCCCAGGGAAUGUACAGACGAUGUUAAAGUAUGAAAAAGAAAUAAACUGACUGCUCUGGAGGGCUGAUUUUUGUUUUGGAGGAUAUCUGUCUGUAAGUGCAGCAUCUGGAGUCUGGAACCCUGCAGUCAUGCUGAGUAAUCCGGUGAUUGUGGAGUCACUUGUGGUGUUUUCCAUUGUUCUUUGUGUCCACUUUGUGGUGUGGAACCAGCUGUCUUGGUGCUCCAUUGCCUUAGCCAUUCAGGCCUUCUAUGUGCAGCACAAAUGGGACCGUUUGCUGAAGUCUGGUGGAGCAGUAUUUCAGUUUCGGCCAUCGGCAAACAGCGGUAUAGUGCCUGCAUCCAUGGUGAUGCCCCUCUUGGGCCUAGCCUUGCGGGAACGCUGCGAGGCCUCUGGGAAUGUGUACUUUGAGCGCUUCUCUAUGGUGAUCACAGUCACUGGCAUGAUGCUGGCACUGUUCCUCUCCCUGAUUGCCUUGGGUAUUACUCGACCUGUGCCCACUAACACCUGCGUGGUUGCUGGCCUCGCCAGUAGUGCUGUCAUGUACACCACCAAGCAAACCCUGACCGUGUCAGAGGUCAUUGAAGUCCUUGAAGUGCUCCUCAUCUUUGUCUACCUCAGCCUAAUUGUGCUGUACCUACUGCCUCGUUGCUUCACCCCAGGCGAGGCCCUCCUCAUAGUGGGCGGAAUCAGCUUCAUUAUCAACCAGCUCAUUAAACGCUCACUCAACCUAACAGAGGUUAAAGGGGACCCCGUGAACUACUUCCUGCCUGUGGUGGUGGUAGGGUCCCUGCUAUUGGGCAUCUUCUUCACUCUGCUGUUCUGCUUCAUGGAGUCUGAGACCUGGGUGUCCUCGCUCUUCUUCCACAUGAUGACUGCUGUGCUGGCCUUGGGGAUCAUCAUGCCCUGGCUUUCAUUGCUCAUCCGCAGGCACCCCCUCACGUGGCUGCUGGACUUUGUCACGCUAAACCAGAAGCGGCUCUACCUGCUGGCCUACUGGGUCCUACUGGCUGCCCUGGCAUCCAUGGUGGUCCUGCACCAGAACUACAGGAGGGCCUCCGGUUCCAAGAAGCACCAGGCCUCCACAGUGGUUCGGAAGUACUUCCACUUCAUAGUGGUGGCCACCUACGUGCCAGGACUGGUGUUUGACCGGCAGCUGCUCCAUGUGGCCUCGGUAGCCUGCCUCGCUGCGUUCCUCCUCCUGGAGUACGUGCGCUACUUCAGGAUCCGUCCCCUUGGGCAGCUCUUGCGGCAGCUGCUCACGCUCUUUCUGGACGAGCGGGACUCUGGGCCCCUCAUCCUCACCCACAUCUAUCUGCUGCUGGGCAUGUCCCUGCCCAUCUGGCUGUUCCCAGGCCCCUGCGCCCCCAAGGGCAGCUUGCCCGGGGCAGGGGGCCUCGUGCCCUACGCUGGGGUGUUGUCUGUGGGGGUUGGGGAUACCAUGGCUUCAGUUUUUGGCAGCAGCAUGGGGGAGAUCCGGUGGCCUGGAACGAAGAAGACCAUGGAGGGCACAGCAACAUCCAUCUUCGCUCAGAUUAUUGCUGUAGCGAUAUUCCUCAUCUUCGAUGGGGCCAUCAACCUGAACACCAGCUACACAUGGAUCGUGGGAUCCAUUGCCCUGGUGUCACUGUUGGAGGCCUACACCGUUCAGAUAGACAACCUUCUCCUCCCCCUCUACCUCUUCAUCCUCUUCAUGCUCUGAACUUUGCCUCAGACCCUACAGCACUGCAGUGGAUUGUGAAGGUCACUUCAUGAUUGUAUGAGUCGAUCUGAAGGCUUGGCUGUAGGUGGUAGACAUUUGCUGGCUUUAUUUCUUAGAGUUCGAGAAAAGCCCAAAGUCAUUACAGGGUAAACCAUAGAAGGGAUUCAUGUGCUGUGGCAAAGAAGGCUAACCCAGCUGGAAAGGCCAUGCAAAGAAGCCUGGCUAACCCAGCAGUGACAGCCAUGCAGAUGUUAACCCAGCAGUAACAACCACACAAGGAAGGAUAACCCAAUAAGACCUGUUUUUGUAUUACACUGAGAAUUGUGUGCACAGGGAAAAUAUCAAAUGUAUGUGAGAUUAGUGUUUCAUGGGGUAAAAUUUUUGUACAAGAAAUAUACUACUACAAACUGGCAAAUGAAUUGGCAUUUAGUGAAUACAGCAAUUAAUAAUAAUGUAUUUAAAAUUAUCUUUUGGCCCUUUGGGUGAGAAAAAUCUUGUUGCUUUUGUAGCAUUACAGAGGACAGCAUGUGCCCAAUUAUUUUACAUGGUACUGUCUUUAAAAUAGCUGUCACACUAAGAAUGCAGUGGUUAUUGAGCUGUAACAGUUUCAUUUGAUCACUAUACAUGGAAUGCAUUACACUUUGUACACAAAUUUGAGUAUAGUCUUAUGCAAUUGCUAACCAGACACUUUUACUUUCACCAGUCAUUCGCAGUGCUUAUGGGCAUCCAUUUAUACAGCUGGAUUUUUACUGGAGCAGUUAAGCUGCAGUGCACUACUCUAGGGUACACCAGUUUUAAACCCCAUGUUGAAUAGCACAGUCUGUUGCUGUGGCUGACCACCAAUAUUCUGUACUGCCCUAUGCUUCUGUAGGGCACCUUUGUGUCAUUACUAUGGAUCUGCCCUUUUUACUUUCUUUGGGAAGAUGUACACACCUUAAAGCGCACAGAACCUGUGAAUUGUUAAAUGGGAGGUUGAAAUUCCCUGUUGGGGAUUUCAGUUUCACAAGAGCCACAGAAACAUUUACACACAGCUUCAGGAUUUGAAGCUGAUAUAGAAAUUGGAGUAAACUACCUUUUUUCAUUGAUGGUCAAUAUAUUGUCAAUUUUGUUGCAGAAUUCAAUGCAUUUCAUUAUGUGUCGGCCUUCAGGAACAAUCCAGAUAUUUACCAACAUUUUAAGUAUCUGUUGUAAAUUUUAAAUUAUUUCUUUAAAUUAAUUUUCAGGUUUAUUAGUCUUCAACAUCAAGGACUGAUUGGUAGCCAUAUUUGUCUGUUUUGGCUGUUUCUCUUUGAGUGGAAGCUGGUAGUGUAAUUUUGAAGACCCAAACUUUUGGAGAUGCCUGCUUUAUGAAAAACUGGUACAUGAGCAAAUCCAUAAGUUAUUAAAUCCAGUUAUAUAGGCUAUAUACAGUGUAGUGUCUGUACUUAUUAGUAGACACAGCUUGCAGUGUGGGUACAUUUGAAAGGUUCCUUACUGCAAUUUGUUGGAGUACAUAUUCUUUACAAUGUACACAUUCCUGAUCACUGAGGUCAGUGGGCAGGGCACAGUUGACUGCAUUGGUAUUUAUGAGUACCACAGUGAUCCUGAUCGUGUAUCUGUCUUUCCACAUCACCCCUUGCUUCGCAACCCCCCAAACAAUGACUGAAAGCUUCACAAUGCCAAAAACCUCCAUCACUAUUGGGCUGCCCCCCCCCCCCUCCCCCGUAAUGGGAUACCAUAUCACAUUAUGGAGCUUAACACUGGAAUCACUAGAGUUUGUUCAUUUGUUGUGUUGUGUAUUCACAUCCAUACUGCUGAUUUAAUGACCAAUUGUCAAGUGUAAUGCUGUGAAUGCAGUUUUCUUUUAAUGAUGGACAGUAAGCUGAGUUGGAUAUUGGCCUGUUUAUUCAUAUAAUUGAUUUGCAUUUCUAUUUUAGUUGCUUUGAAAUUAAUAUAUUCUUUUUUUUUUGCCGAAACAUGGUGCACACAUUAUUUGGCUGCUGUAGAGUGUGAUGGCUCUUGAGUAUGUUUAUGUUGUACAGGAGCAUAGUUGGUUUAGAAUAUGCAUGUUAACAUUUCUUAGGUGGUUUGAAUCUAGAAUAAUAAUGCUGUUAAUCUAUUCCAGAAGGUAUAAACAAAUUAAGUAUAGUGCAGGACUUUCAGUGUCCCUGGGAAACCAACACAUUUCUCCAUCCCCUUGUGUACCAUAUACUGGACUCAUUGUAUGUGACAUUAAUAACCAUAUUUUAAUUAAAAGCAUGAAGUGUCUUAAUAUCAUUUAAAAGCUAGUAAUCUCAAAACUAAGGAAAGAGAUACAAGCUACCAGGCUACAUGAGUCCAUGGUAUUUCUUGCACUGCGAUGGUCCUAUUCUAAUGAUGCAAUUAAAUGAUGACUAAUCUUAGUGUCACUAAGGAGCAUGUACUGGCCACACAGUGUAGUAGGCUAUAUAUCUGUGUAAUAGCCUUGGUAAAUGAGUAACAUUUGUUAACGGUUGGGAUCUGUAUGGCACUUUUAAACAUGGAACUCUUAAAAUGUUGUCACAAUGCGGAGGAGUAUGUGUUAAUGAAAAAGUUCCGAAACUUUAACACAAUGCCUCCUUUUUUCAUACAACAGGUGACACGAGUAGCUGUGGUCAUUGCUCAAAACUGUGAUUGAUUUAGGGAAUGGUCAUUCAGGUGAUGUUUUGGUAAUUGUAUUCUUCUGAUUGCAGUUUUAUGUCUUAUUCAUUUCUGGAAAAGUGUGACUCUACAUAGGCUAUUUGAGGAUAGUAAUUACCAUGCAUAAUUCUACCACUGAUUCCCAUCAUGCAUUGCAUUUUAUCUAUAUAUGAAACUGCUCUGCAUCGACAAGGAAAAAGACAAAUUACAAAUUAAAUUACUUAAUACCCAGUAGAAUGUUUGCAUGAUCAGCUCAGUCUGUCAUUUGUUUACUAUGUUAUAUGUCCAAUGUUUAUUAAGAAAUUGGUUAAAACCACACUACCUGUACCUGUGGAAUGGGAUUGUGAGAGUUUACCAUGAAUUAAAGGUCCUCUUAAUUUUAAUGAAUUGGUUUUUUUGCAAGAGAUGAUGUAAAUGACCAUGAAAUAUUUCAGGUUGUGCAU